GUAAGAUAUGACAAGUUCCCACAAACUGCAGCAAAAGUGUAGUAAAAAAUAAAUGUCUAAAAAUCUUACGUAAGUUGUUGUCAGUGUCAAGCGAUAGAAAUCCGUGAGUUCAUAUGACGGUAUUCUUUGUGGAAUUACAAAGCAUGGAGAUUGAUAACGCAAAGAUAUAAAUGCGUUCGUCUAUCAUCAGACGUGCAGUUUGAUUUGAACACACGGGUUCACAAUUAGUCUCGCACGAUGCGCAUCUUACUUUUUACGAUUCUGUGCCUUUCCACGGCCGCUUGUAUAGCGGCAGAGAUCAAUUUCGUCAAAGGUCAACGUCAGGAAGGCGAUCAUGUUAUCGCUAAUAGAACCAUCUUCAAACCUGCAAUUCCCUGGAGAAUGGUAGCCACAAUCGGUAUUUCAACUCGAUUACACAAUGAAGUUAUCAACCGCGUUGAAAUCAGUAGUGUAUUAGGCAAAGAGAUCAAAUACGUAGUGAUAAAAGGUGGCAUCGGCAAACAGUAUCUAAUAGUAAAGGCUAUUGGAAAAUUUGGAGAAGGAUUAUAUUUACAACUGGAAGGUUUCGCCAUACGUGUUUCCAACACAUCCAAAGAUGAAAGUAGUAACACGUCCGACGAUAAAAGCAGCAACAGCUCCGACGACAAAAGCAGCAACGGCUCCGACGAUAAAAGCAGCAGCACAUCCGAUGAUGAAAAUAGUAAGUCAUCCAAUGAUAGCAGCAACAGCGCAUCCGACGAUAAAAACAGCAGCGCAUCCGGCGAUAAAAACAGCAGCACGUCCGACAAUAAAAACAGCAGUACAUCCGACGACGAAAGCAACAACACAUCUGAAGAUAGAAGCAGCAACACAUCCGAUGAUGAAAGCAGCAAAACCUCCGAUGAUAGAAGCAGUAGCGCGUCUGACGAUAAAAACAGCAGCACAUCCGACAAUGAAAACGGCAGCAAUAAUAGAAGCGACAAUACAUCUGAUGGUGGAAGCAAAAAUACACCUGACAAUGGAAGCAGUACCACUUCCGAUAGUGAAAGCAGCAGCAGGCCUAACAGUGCAAGCAGCAGCGCUCCCAAUGGUGGAAGCAGCAGCAUGCCUAAUGAUGGAAGCAGCAGCGCACCCGAUGAUGGAAGCAGCAGCGCACCCAAUGGUGGAAGCAGCAGCGCACCCGAUAGUGCAAGCAGCAGCGCUCCUGAUGGCGGAAGUAGCAGCGCACCCAAUGGUGGAAGUAGCAGCGCUCCUGAUGGUGGAAGCAGCAGCGCACCCAAUGAUGGAAGCAGCAGCGCACCCGACAGUGGAAGCAGCAGCGCACCCAGUGAUGGAAGUAGCAGCGCACCCAAUGAUGAAAGCAGCAGCGCACCCAAUGGUGGAAGCAGCAGCGCAUCCGAUAGUGCAAGUAGCAGCGCUCCUGAUGGCGGAAAUAGCAGCGCACCCAAUGGUGGAAGUAGCAACGCUCCUGAUGGUGGAAGCAGCAGCGCAUCCAAUGAUGGAAGCAGCAGCGCAUCCGAUGGUGGAAGCAGCAGCGCACCCAGUGAUGGAAGUAGUAGCGCACCCGAUAGUGCAAGCAGCAGCGCACCUGUUGAUGGAAGCAGCAGCGAACCCAUUGAUGGAAACAGCAGUGCACCCGAUGGUGGAAGCAGCAGUGCACCCAAUGAUGGAAGUAGCAGCGCUCCUGAUGGUAAAAGCAGCAGCGCACCCAAUGAUGGAAGCAGCAGCGCACCCGAUGGUGCAACCAGCAGCGGACCCAAUGGUGGAAGCAGCAGCGCUCCUGAUGGAAGCAGCAACGCGCCUGAUGGUGCAAGCAGCAGCGGACCCAAUGAUGGAAGCAGCAGCGCUCCUGAUGACGGAAGCAGCAGCGCACCUAAUGGUGGAAGCAGCAACGCUCCUGAUGGUGGAAGCAGCAACGCACCCAAUGGUGGAAGUAGCAGCGCUCCUGAUGGUGCAAGCAGCAGCGCAUCCAAUGGUGGAAGCAGCAGCGCACCCGAUAGUGGAAGCAGCAGCGCACCCAGUGAUGGAAGCAGCAGCGCACCCGUUGAUGGAAGUAGCAGCGCACCCGAUGGUGCAACCAGCAGCGGACCCAAUGGUGGAAGCAGCAGCGCUUCUGAUGGAAGCAGCAGCAUAUCCGAUGGUGGAAGCAGCAGCGCACCCGUUGAUGGAAGCAGUAGCGGACCCAAUGAUGGAAGCAGCAGCGCAUCCGAUGAUGGAAACAGCAGUGCACCCGAUGGUGGAAGCAGCAGUGCACCCGAUGGUGGAAGCAGCAGCGCACCCAAUGAUGGAAGUAGUAGCGCACUUGACAAUGGAAACAACACUACUCCCAAUAGUGGAAGCAAUAGCACCGACGGUGCAAACAGUAAUGUACCUAACGAUGAAAGCAGUAGCACAUCUACUAAUAGUAAUACCGAUAAUAGCAAUAAUACAGGCAACGACAAAAAUGCAUAAAAGUUUAUUUAUUAUAUAAAAUAAUGAUUAAUUUUUCAAAACUA